CCCGGCAAGGCCAGCAGACGAGCAGACAGCCCGCGGCAGACAUGAAGGCGACGGUGUUCGUAGUUCUGGCGCUCGCCGCCUGCGCCCUGGAGGCAGCACAGACCCGGGAAGACGGGCAGAAGACGACCCAGAAGAGAGGCAUCUUCCCAGUGGGCUACGGCUUCGGCCCGUCCCACGGCUACGGGCCUGUCUUCGGCUACGCCUACGGGCCGAACUACGGCCACGGCUACGCUCAUGCGCCUGUCUUCGGUCACGGCUCCGGGCCUGUCUUCGGCCACGGCUACACUCACGCGCCCAGCUACGGCCACGGCUACGGACCCAGCUACGGCCACGGCUACGGCUACGCUCACGGUCCUGCCUUGGGUCUCGGCGCGGCCGUAGCCAAGCUGCACCUGCCUGCGUCGUUCCUCGGCCUCCCGGGUGUCUACCACUGAAGACGUGACCCGUCGUCAGAACUGCCACUCCUUGCAGCAUCUCUCCGAACAACACACGUCUGCUUCAAACAUGUUUCAAUCACUAUGGCCAUCCACAGGUCUAAUUAAAGUAAAUAAUAUUUUUUACGUGAUAACGUCUUAUAAAUAGGGACCGGAAAAAUUCGCGGGUUCAAUUACCUGUAGGAUGAACUCCAUAGUUCAUCUUACACUCGGUCAGAUGUGACCCACUCAUUGGCUGCUGUCUUGUGAGACGUCCCAACGUAGCAGCAUGUGAUUCUAUACAGCUUUAGUUGGGUGUUUCUCAUUGGCCCAGAGUCAUCCAGGUGAGUUGUGAGCCAAUAACAGGAGGCUGCAUUGAGGUAUAACUAUUUGUAUUUUAGCCUAUCGCGAAAUGAACUCGCGAAUUUUUCCGGUCUCUACUUAUCAAUCGAAAAAUUGUCACGUUCCGCCUGAGCCAACCACUGUGCGAGAAAAUCUUCUAUAAUAUUAAACAGGUUAAGGCUGGCUUUUUUUAACUAAUUGUCCGUGAUUAUAUUUAAACAAAUUAUUGAAAUUAAAUUUGCAAAAACUGUAAAUAAUAUUUUAAAAUUAAAAAGUAUGCAAAAUUUCAUCAAUGUUUUCUUAUGACGUUAUCACGUAAAAUAAUCGUCCGUAAACCGACUUUACGGACAACCCCAUUUUUUUCCUAAUAAACAAUGUUUGAAAAAAA